AAUUAGGAUAUCAACCAACCAGAGUACGCAGCGCUCAUGUGGCAUACUACUUCCAAACACUAACGCAGACCGAAAAUGCUGCAUCAGCCGCCGCAGUACAAAGCAUACCUUGGAAUGCAGAUGUUGUCCGAACUUGUUUCGGAAUAUGUUUCUUACGUGAGGUGUGGGUGCUAAGGAGAUCUGGGCCAUUUGCUUUGUCCGUUUGGAAUUGAUAAAGAGUGCUGACUGCCUUUGAGUUCGGCGGAGGGUUGUCAGAUUCAAAUAGACCUCUUCGCUAUACACACUCUUUCUUCAUUGAAGCUUCAACUUCACGACAUUCAUUCAGUUGUUUUCGAGUCUUGCUGAAUUUAAGACUCUUACAUUCUCUUUUAACAAAUUCAUUUCGACCUACCUAUAUAAAAACAACCACACAACCACACAGUUCUCUUCUUCCAAUCAUACAAUUCUCUCAAUACAAUGCUGUCCAAAUUCGUCCUCGGCGUCGUCGCCCUGCAAGCUGGCCUUGCAGCAGCCGGCAACGCAAUCGUUAGCAACCGCUGUCCCUACGACAUCUGGCUCUGGAGCGUCGACCAAUCCCACUGGUCCGCACCCAUCCAUAUUCCUGCACGCACACAAUACUCUGAGCCCUUCCGCAGCUCUUGUAACGGGUGCGGGACCUCAAUGAAAAUCAGCAAAUCGAACCAGCUAGUCGGUGGAGCGCAUACCCAAUUCGAAUACAGCAUUGUAAAUAACCAGAUAUGGUACGACAUCUCGUUUGUUGAUUGCGCAAAGGGCGAGAGCGCGAGUGCCUGCCCCGGCCAUGACAAGGGGUUGACGAUGGAUAGUCCUGAGCAGGCUUGUGGCAAGGCCAGCUGCACGGGUGGAAGUUAUUGCCCGACACAGGCGUACUAUGUUGAUUAUCCGAUGCAGAAGUUGGGUCUCCAGGAGCCAGUGUUCACUUGUCCUGGUAAGGGGACGGGUAUGGACCUUUAUAUGAAAGUUUGCUCGGAUGAGGCACCGCUGAAAAGGAGCAUUGCAGGCCGCUUGGCGAUUACCGAUGGUUGAGUGUCUUCGCCGUCGAGGUUUCUUUCUUGUAGAUAGACUUUAUCUUUUUCCGUUGUUGAUAGAUGUACUAGAGGGGUAUACCAGCUUUGAAAAUCUUGAAAAUAGUCUUUCGAAAGCCU